AGGUGGCCUCCUCGGAGGUUUGUGUGGGGGGAUGGGCGGUUUCUGGAUCCUUCCUCCAGGAUUUUCAGCGCUGGGGAGCUCUCCUUUCUGCAGUGUGGAGGAGCGCUGGGCAGGAGGCAGCGCUGAGUUUGGUGGCAGCAGUGGGAUCCAAAGGAGACGCCUGAUGGCUUCGAGGAUGAGAAACAGUCAUUGGUACCAGCAAAACCUUUGAGUUCUCCAUCUUUUUCACUGUUUCUGAGGGCUGUGGGAGUUCGAGAUCCUGAAGAACUUCUUCUCGUCCUGCACUGUCAACUCUGCUCUGCAGAAAACCUUCACAAGCCACCUGAAGAACACACGGGGGAAGUUUCCCGGAAGCCAGGACCCUGCUGCUCCUUCUAUCUUCACCACAUCUCCAAGGGGCUGCAUCCUGCCUGCCCCAGGGAUGUGCGUGGCAGAGGAUUCCCAUGGCCCAGGUGGAAAAACAGGCUGCUCAUCCUCAGGAGGGGCCCUCCACGUUUGCUCCCCCAGAGAGCAACCCCCAGAGAGUGCAGGAGAAGCAGCAGCAGCGGCAGGGGAAUGGGAUCAACCUUGAGAAGAGUACUGAGGAGCAGCUGUGGCACUCCCUGCAGGGGAGAGGAAGGAGGUGGAAAUCAGAGACCUUCUGGGCAGAACAGUCCUUGGCUUCACCCGCUGUAUCUUACAUUGAGUGGAAGAGUUUGAUACCAGAGAAGUGGGAGACCCAUCCAAUUGGCGGCUACACCUUGUCCUGCCAGCCAGAGCGCUAGACCUAGUUGGCCUGCAGAGUACGCAAGGCCAAGAAGAACCGGCCAUCAUCAAGGUCAGGGGUGAGUGAGUGUCUGGGCCGGGGUGACUGACUCCUAGGGGUUCAGUAAGGCUUUGGGCUAAGCGUGGCCUUGGGGAGUCGGAUAGCUGGCACUGGGAUCCCAGCUCCACUAUUGACCAGUCCUGUGACUGGGGUGACUCUCUUCAGCUUCCUGAGACUCCGUUUCCCCCUCUGUGAAAUAGGUAAUACUAAAUGAUCGCUCACGU